AUGAAGAUCUCAAUUUACGUUAUGGCGGCGGUGAGUUUGACCACGUCAGUUGUAGCCGCUCCCAUGCCAUCCACUCCUGUCAAAGGUCGUGCCCCAGUUGGCUCAUUCAUAUGGACCUGGUACGGUGACGACCAGGAGGAGACUCAGUCUUCCGUCGGCCCCACACCGGAGAUCAUGUCAAUGAAGAGGUCCACUGAUCUCAAGACUCGCAAGCCUAUCGGCUCUUUCAUCUGGACUUGGUAUGGGGAUGACCAGGACGAGUCUGAGCCUCCCGUCAAGGUUGUUGAGGGGGAUACAUCUGUUGUUGAGUAA